UGAGGGGGCAGACCGGAUUCCUAAGUGAUGGAGGGUGGAACCUGCUGAGGGGGGUCACACUGAUGAGGGUUGGGCCGCACUGAGGGGAGGAGUCACCUUGAAAGGAGGGGUCACAAUGACUGACGGAGUCACUCCGAGAGAGCCCAAGGAUUGGGCAGGUUCCUGAGCCCGGCCCUCUAUGGACAGUGACCCGAAGGAGGGGAGAAAGAACUCCCAGGGCAACUAAAAGACGUUUGAGCUUCGUGUACGCACCAUCAGCCCUUACUUCCCUUCAGUUAUUCAAGCUCCGGCCCGCGCGGCUGACCUAUCCGCCAAGUCGUAGAGGCCAGGGGAUGAGGAUGGGGGUGCGUACCUGAGGGGGCGUGGCUGCUGCCCCGAGGCCGGGCUAGAAGGAGUUAAGCGGAGGCCUGGCCCAACCCCGCCCCCGGCAGGCCGCGGAGCCUCAGCCCCAGCGGCAAAGCCGCGACGCCGCCGCCCGCCCGCCUCCGCCUGCUGGGAACCAGCCCGCCGGCGCCCGGGAGCGCCGCUGCCACGGUCGUCGCCGCUGCCACCACAGACGCUGCCUUGUCCAGGCCCUUCGCGAAGCGGACCGGCGUCCACCCUAGCCCAGCAAGCGGGUGCGGCGGGGGCGGGCCCAAGAUCUUAGGCAGAUCUUCCAUUCUAGGGGCGGGAGAGGGAGUCUCUGCGCCCGGGAUCGGGCUGGGCCCGCGCCAAUGGCGAAAGCGGCCUGCCCGGGCCCCGGGGACCCUGCCAUGUGAGGCAGGCCCAGGCUGGGGGCCCGGCCAUGGCCGGGGAACGGCCCCCACUGCGGGGCCCUGGGCCCGGGCCCGGAGAGGCGCCGGGGGAGGGGCCCCCGGGGCCGGGGGGCGCAGGCGGAGGCCCGGGCCGGGGCCGCCCCUCCUCCUACCGGGCUCUCCGCAGCGCUGUGUCCAGCCUGGCGCGCGUGGACGAUUUCCACUGCGCGGAGAAGAUCGGGGCCGGCUUCUUUUCUGAGGUAUACAAGGUUCGGCACCGACAGUCAGGGCAAGUCAUGGUGCUGAAGAUGAACAAGCUCCCCAGUAAUCGGGGCAACACGCUACGGGAGGUGCAGCUGAUGAACCGGCUCCGGCACCCUAACAUCCUAAGGUUCAUGGGGGUCUGUGUGCACCAGGGACAGCUGCACGCUCUUACAGAGUAUAUGAAUGGGGGGACCCUGGAACAGCUGCUCAGCUCUCCUGAACCCCUAUCCUGGACAGUCAGGCUCCAUCUGGCUUUAGAUAUUGCUCGAGGGCUGCGGUACCUGCAUGCCAAAGGUGUAUUCCAUAGGGACCUCACAUCCAAGAACUGUCUGAUCCGACGGGAAGACCGAGGCUUCACAGCUGUCGUGGGUGACUUUGGGCUGGCUGAAAAGAUUCCUGUGUAUAGGGAAGGGGCAAGGAAGGAGCCGUUGGCUGUGGUGGGUUCCCCAUACUGGAUGGCUCCAGAGGUGUUGCGGGGUGAGCUAUAUGAUGAGAAGGCUGAUGUCUUUGCCUUUGGGAUUGUCCUCUGUGAGCUCAUCGCCCGAGUACCUGCAGACCCUGACUAUCUACCCCGCACUGAGGAUUUCGGCCUAGAUGUGCCUGCUUUCCGAACCCUGGUGGAGGAUGACUGCCCGCUGCCUUUCCUGCUCCUGGCCAUCCACUGCUGCAGUAUGGAUCCCAGCACCCGUGCCCCCUUCUCUGAAAUCACCCAGCACCUGGAAUGGAUCUUAGAGCAGCUGCCUGAGCCAGCCCCCCUUACUAGGACACCCCUGACACAGAAUCAAGGGUCUGUUCCAAGAGGGGGUCCUUCUGCUACACUUCCCAGGCCAGACCCCCGGCUCUCCCGAAGCCGAUCAGACCUCUUCCUACCCCCAUCACCAGAAUCACCCCCCAACUGGGGGGACAGUCUGACUCGAGUCAACCCAUUCUCACUACGGGAAGACCUCCGGGGUGGCAAGAUCAAGCUCUUGGACACACCCAGCAAGCCAGUCGCCCCCCUACCCCUUGUACCACCAUCGCCACUGCCCUUCACCCAGCUGCCCUCAGUGACCACUCCAGAGAACCUGGUCCAGCCUGGGACACCUGCCCGCCGCUGCCGCUCACUACCUUCAUCCCCUGAGCUCCCGCGACGUAUGGAGACAGCACUACCAGGUCCUGGCCCUCCCCCCGUCGGCCCUUCAGCUGAAGAGACUAUGGAGUGUGGGGGCAGCAGCCCUGAGCCAGAACUCCCAGGACCAGCUCCCCAGCUGCCUCUGGCCGUGUCCACAGACAACUUUAUCAGCACUUGUUCCUCAGCCUCCCAACCCUGGUCCCCUAGAUCAGGACCUCCCCUCAACAACAACCCCCCAGCUGUGGUGGUUAACUCCCCACAAGGCUGGGCUGGGGAGCCCUGGAACCGGGCCCAGCACAGCCUGCCCCGGGCAGCAGCCCUAGAGCGGACAGAACCCUCACCACCCCCUUCAGCUCCCCGGGAGCCUGACGAGGGGCUGCCCUGUCCGGGCUGCUGUCUCGGCCCCUUCAGCUUCGGCUUCUUGUCCAUGUGCCCCCGCCCCACACCAGCUGUUGCCCGCUACCGCAACCUGAACUGUGAGGCGGGCAGUCUCCUCUGCCACCGAGGGCACCACGCCAAGCCACCCACGCCCAGCCUGCAGCUGCCCGGGGCACGCUCUUAGCAGUGGGGCCUGUGCUCUCAGGCCUCCACCUAUGGCCUUCAGGACACCCUGUGAGGACACAGUGCACUUGCCGGACAGUGCCAGCCCCAGAUGGGCUGACUGGCUCUUCUCUCCGUAUAGGGGAGCCUCAGCGUGGACUCGAGGGACAGAGCACUUCUGGUCCAGCCCUGGGCUUGUUGUCCCUUGGGGAUCACUGAACCAGACACAGCAUUGCUGACACAUGAGACUAACACGUGCAAUUAUUUAAAAAUAUUUCAAUAAAACUGCCUGGCUGGC